CCGGGCAGAACAAACGUUGCGAGGACAUAGACAUGCACUUGCUGCAGAGAGGAAUUAUCUUUUUAUAAUACAUUUCAUUACGGUAAAGGAUGAAUUAAGCGACAUUAAGGUCGUCAGAUCUAAUUGGCUACGCGUCGUUAUUUGCCUCGUCAGCUAAUGUGAGGAGGAGGGAAGAAGUCUGCAAAUUCUGUAAAAUUCAGGUGAAUUAUAUACGCCAUGGCCCAAGAUGAGAGAACAGGAUGUUGGAAUUGACAACUCAUGCUUCUAUCUAGCAAGCUCAUCAUCGCUGUUUGAUUAUAUUUUGCGAGCUCGUUCAACGACACAUUUUUGAGGGACAGCAAACUGCUUGGAAUGCUGGUGCUCCCCAAAGAUACAUUACUUGGGUGUAUCUGUUAUCACUAAUUUGACCCCUCCGCUCGCUGUUGCAUACUGGACUAGACAUGAUGACGACUAAUCCAGUUUUAUAAGCUCCGGCCCCCCCGCUCUCAUCAAUGACCCAGCUGGCAGCUGAUGGAAGAGAAGGCACUCCCCAAGCCCACCAUGGUCUCCAGGCUGCCUAAAUUUGGUACCCGCCCCCAGGGCGGCACCAACCCGCUCCCCAACGGGACCGGCCCGCCCCUGCACUGCCAGGAGGGGAAGGGGGCGGGGCCUGUGGGGAAGCCUAACGGCAUGGUCCGUCUGGCCCCUCCCUUCAGUCUGAAAUGGAAGAAGGGCGGAGGAGGCCCCGUCCCCGGCCUGCUGAGCCCCACGGAGGGGGCGGAGCUGCAGAAGCAAGGGGAGGAGGGCCGGACCGGGCACCGCCCUCAACCUCAGCAGCAGCCAACCGCGCCGAGAGAGCUGAAGAAGCCAUCGACAAUUACCGCCAAGGUGCGCCGGUCCGCCUCGGCUGUGACCUCCUCCACCACCUCCAGGACCAUACCCCAGCCCUCCAAACCCACGCCCCGCGGGGGCUCCACCCAGACCUCCCUGACCCCCGGACCCCACGGCAACAAGCUGGGACUGAAUGGGGCCGCUGGCCGGUUUGGGCUGGGCCUACAGCGGACGGGGUCCAACCCCAGUGCGGGCGGAGCCCUGCGAGACGGCCUGUCGCAGUCCAGCGACAGCCUGAAGGCCCCGUCCCUGGACCCGGAGAACAUGGUGCGCUCCCAGAGCUUCACCCACUUCAAACAGGUCCCCUCGCCCACGGGCCAGCCCAUUGCCCGCUCCUUUUCCUUCACCCGGGCGGCGGAGAGAGCCAAAAGCCUGCUGGGCAAGCCCUCCCCGACACAGGCCAGAGGAGGGGCCAUCCAGUACGGCAAGGGCCCCGGGGCCCGACCCUCUGGGGGCCCCACGGUAACCACAAGCCCGAAGAAGUCACUGCUGCCCUCCUGCGUGCCCAGCAAGCCGCCGGCGCUAGCCUACAGACUGACACGGCCCUCCCUGGGCAGGCAGCCACGCCCGCUCCUGCCAGGGAAGGGGAGCAGCGACCAGGAGCCCAGGGCCGGGGCCGGGGACUCUUUGGAGACGUCCCCCACCACUCCAGACCCGCCCAGCGAGGUUGAGGAUGCUCUAGACCCGGAGAGCAGCCCGGCUGAGCUAGUGAUGAUCUGUGAUCCGGAACCUUCCUCGUGCUACCUGGGGGAGGUGCUGGAGGACAUGUCGCUCUCCUCCACCUCCUCCCUGGAGCGCAACGACAUGAGCGAGGAGUACCUGGACGACUUUGACAACCUGGGAGUCGGGGGAGGCAUGUUGCUGUUCCCCGCCCACGAUGGCGAGCUCCACCAAUCGCAGCCUGAUGACAACGCUCCUGUCGACAGUCCGCCUGACACUCCCAACCGGACGCGCCACUGCAGCUUCCUGACUGAUGGCGUGGACUGGGCAGCGAUGGGACUGACAGGAAUGAAAGAAGACCCGUGUUGCCGUGGUAACCAGGCCGGGUCCCCAGACGUGGACUUUGCCCACGGCUCCUCGCUCGACCUCUCCCCGUCGGACAGCUCAGGGGGCACCUACAUGUGGGACGAGGAGGGGCUGGAGCCCCUGGGGACCAUCGCCCGCCCCUGCGGGAGCUACGACUCUGAGCUCAACAGCCUGGACAUUCUGAACAACUUGGACAACCUGGAAUCAUGUGACCUGGAAGACGAUGACCUCAUGCUCGAUGUGGACCUCCCAGAAGAUGGCUCUCUGCACAGCGAUGCUGAUGGGAUGUCCCAUUUUGAGAGAGCUGAUAGGGGGGCCAGGCAGGGCUGGAGAAGGCGCCAGCAUCGCUGGAGUGGAUCGGACCAUUUCCACAACGACAACAGUCUCUCCCUCUCUCUCUCUCCCAGGAGCACUGGCUUUCAGCAGUUUGAGGGGCUCUUGAGUCCGGGGGCUGGCCGGGGCGGGGCCCGUCAGCAGCAGGCUGUAGUGUGGGCCGACGGCCACACGGUGGCGCUGGACGAGGUGACACUGGGUCACAUGACCGAGGACUGCUCCUCCGUGAAGACCCAGCUCCUGAAACUGAGAAUGCUGCUACAGGUGGAAGAUGGAGGUACGAUCCAGGACGCUCUGGACUCCGGGAUCUUGAGUCCGGAGCCCAGGGAGGACGUUGGCACUUCUCUACAGGUGGAGGAGCUGCUGAGGGAGGUGGAGGAGCUGAGAGAGGAGCUGAGGAGUAAAGAUAAGACCAUCUCUCAGAUGACCCAGCAGGUGGCCGUGCUUUCUGCUCACGCCGCCAGCUGUCAGUGCCAGCAGAGACGGCCCGAGUCCAGAGGAGAGAGGCGGACCAAUCACGACAAGGCCACCCAGACCCCCUGGAGAGCACACGGCCCUCCAGUACUACAGCCUUGCAGGCUCAGCGAACGCCUGCCGCAGGAAAGACUAGCAAGGACGCCCUCCAGCGCGGACCCCAGUGACGCCGGGCCCGACGGACAGCCCGGGGCCCGCCCCCGCCCCUGCCUGGAUGCCUCCGCAGGCCCCGCCCCCGGCUCACGCCUCAGACCGCCCGCCGGCGAAUCCGCCGCCUCCAUGCGCGCCCCGGAGCCCCCGGCCCCGCCCGCCGACCCCGCCCACGCCCGCGCUGAGGGGGACCGCGACGGCGGCCGCCCGCGCAUCCUGCAGUCGCUGCGCCUGCACAGGAAGGUGUCCGUCCCCACCCUGACGCAGGAGGGCCCCGCCCGGCCCUCCGCCGGCCCCGUGGCCCUGCUGAAGAAGAGGCAGCUCCCGCCCCCCACGCGAGGCCUGCCCUGCUUCAGCUCCGGCCCCCAGGCCUCGGGCCCCGCCCGGGGCCCCACCCUGUUCGGCCUGCCCCGGCCCCCCGGGACCGCUUUGCCCAAAGCCGGAGGGCUCGCCUCCCCCAACCAUUCACGCCUCCCCAAACCAAAGAUCCACUGACUCUCACAUGGACAACGCCACAGAACACCCUCCCCCCUCAACAUCCCACCUGGGCAUCCCAUAAUACUCCCAGCUCGGGAUAGAAACACUGUCUUAACACCUCUUCUUUGGUCUUUAAUCUAUUGCUUAACUGAGUAGAAAAUCGGAUUCUUAGAACAACACGCUUUCAAAGCCAGGGGUAGGGCUAGCAGCAUAAAUCUGGGCGAGAUGCCUGUUUGAGUAGGAGAAAUUAGUACCCAGCGCCUGUUAGUGUACACAGUUUUAUCUCCUCCACAGGGAGCAUCGAUGUUCAAUGCAAAAACAGAGGAGGAACAUUGCCUCCCUAUCCAUCCUGGCUUUCCGUAUUGAACGAGAGGGAGAGCGUUGGAGAGGAGAGGGAAAGGGAGGAGAGCGUUGGGUUAUUUGUCUUAGUAGCGUAGGCAGUUAACACUGUGCCUGAAUGCGAAUGCCUGAAUGCGUGAUUUCUGUAAAAUGGUGUCUCUGGCUGGGGACGCGUAGCACGCUGUCGGCUUGUCUGUUGCCAUGCGUCGGGCGGCGAACCCCUUACAUUUCCCAGGAAAGCCUCCCAACCUGUUUCCCGGUCGCCAGGUGGGCGUCCUCCGCAUAGAGCACCACGUUGAAUAGCCCAAAGGCAACCCCGGUCCCACCACGGGGACUCUCCGGCGUGGUAACUGGAGAACCGUGUCAGCGGGCGCACCGCUCAACCCCAAACGGCAGCACGGGAAACGGGUUCGCUCGCUGUUCCGCGUUUAACCAGAAGGAGGCGCUCUCCUCCUGGGCGGCGGUGAGCGCUGGAACACGCCUGCGUCACGCGUGCUCACGGGGAGCCCACGCGGGCCCUCGCCGGAUCUUCGGCGUAGCCGCGUCGCGGGAGGGGAGCCGAUCGCUGGCAACAUCGUUCAAGCGCGUCGAAAAAAGCCUCGGAGGAACGACGGCUCCCCAAAGGUGGUCUUAAAAGAGCUUUUCGAAAGUGCGGAAAGUUGUAUAAUGCGCUUCACUUAGACACUUUUCCCCAAGCAAAUAUUGCGUACAAAAAAAAAAAGAAAUAUUAUAUAAUAUUAUAAUAUUUGAAAUAUUUAUCUCUCUCACUCCGUGCUAUAGUUCUCAUGAUUCAAGGAGGCCAGGGCAGUGGGGAGCCCUUUCGCACCCAUACUGGACUGGGUCAGGUAGUUCCUAAUACCCGGCAUCUCUGUAGCUUUGGCCCCCAAACGUUCUCCAGCGGAGGCUCCCCAGGGGCCCAUCUGAGCCCGAGAGCUGGGCCACCGCCUUCACGUGGAUCCAGAGAGAGCGAAAGAGAGGGGAGGGAGCCGGUGCAGGAAGUGGCCGGUGCCUUAAAUAUCCCCUGGGGCUCGUGCCCACACACUCGCCCGUUAUUACCAGAGAGGAGCACAGGGCAGGGACCACCGAGCCCGGAGGUGGAGGUGUCACAUCAGCGUCCUCCCCGCCCGGAGCUGGGCUGCUCCUCGGUUUGCCUCCUCCGCCCCCUCGCUGCUCUGUCCUUGGCUUGGUGAAGGAGCAGUGAGGAGGAACAGCAGGCAGGUGCAGGAGCAGGGCGGCAGAGGAGGCGGAUAAGAGCCGCGGCCCAAGAUUUUUACACGAAAAAGGUACUUCAUUAGGUGUGCCAGUUUAGUCUUUUUUUUUUUUUUUUUUGUCAGGUUCGGCUGACGCGUUGAACCUGUAGCUCUUCGGGAGCGUUUGUGUUCGCGGUUGUCCUUGCUCUCUCUCAAACAGCGCCCAGCACCCUGUUGAUUCACACCCCUGUGAGCGCACUGAGCUGGAAUCCUAAGGCCACACGCUUGCCUUGAGACCUCCUGUGGCUGCUAAUGAAGGUUUUUUUCUUUUCUUCUUCUUGUGCUGAAGGUCUUAUCAGAGCCUUCGUUCUAUGCAACAAAGGUAGA